ACGCUCGAGGCUCAUCUCGAGCGGAACACACACUCCGCGCUCGAUGCCGUCCCUCUCGACUCAAUACGGCGCUUCUUCGUGCGAUCCCAGCGUUUCAUGGAUGCGUACCGCCGUGGACUGUCGGGUAAACAGGCGGCUUGGGCAAGCAAGAGAUAUCGUGGUCACCGUGUGCUUCUGCAGAGUAUCCUUGAUGAGCUUGAGGAAGCCGGCAUAGUUGAACUUGAAUGGGUGUGA